UUUGACAUCAACCAGCUGACGACCACAGUGAAUGUAAGCCAAAGCCUCAGCCCCAUCCACAAGCUGCUGGAGUCGCCCAGCAGCAGCGGAAGCAGCAGCAGUGGCGGCAGCAUGUACCGAGCCGGCGGCGUCGGACCUGUCCAAUCGCCUAUGGACCGAACCAAAGGUUUCUUCGCCGAUGAAUCAGAACCGCUCCUCCGCUGCGACUCCACGUCCAGCAAAGACUCCGCCCUCAGCAGAAAUGGCUCCUUCAUUACCAAAGAGAAGAAAGACACGGUUCUCCGGCAGGUUCGCCUGGACCCGUGCGACCUUCAGCCAAUCUUCGACGACAUGCUGCACAUCCUGAACCCUGAGGAGCUGCAUGUCCUCGAGGAGAUCCCCACCGCCGAGGACAAGCUGGACCGACUGUUUGAGAUCGCCGGAGUGAAGAGCCAGGAGGCCAGCCAGACGCUGCUGGACUCCGUCUACAGCCACCUGCCUGACCUGUUAUAGUGGAGGGUGUAGGGAGAGAGGGAAAAAUAAAUAAUAAAAAAAAAGCACACAGAUGUUCAAAGGCAAAGGGAUUGGGUGUAGUUAAGACUUAGUUUGAGUUGAUUUUUUCAAACUGGUGGAGUUGGACUCAUGAGGCCACUAGUGUAACACGGCUCCAGCAGGUUAUUUACCUUUGGUCUGCUCCCUCUGAUGAGUCCGGUCAAUCCUGACCACUCCUUCAUUCCUUCUGUAUAAAAACCCCCUCUGCUGCGCCACAUCACCACUGGUGAUGCUAACUGUGAGGCUCCAAGGCCUUCUGGGUUUUAAAGAGUUGAGUCCAAACGGCUUGAAUUAUGUACAGACUCCACUCAACUAGCACUUUAUUUAUCUGAAACGGCCAACGCCUUCUUGUUUAAAGGACAAUACCGGUGUUUUUUCUUGUUUGUGCCAAUCAUUUAGGCCCUUCUUGCCUUUACUAAUAUUUCAGUGUAAAAGUUAUAUUUAUUAUUAACACAACAGGCAAUGGUAUAUAAGCUAUAACUCUAAACAACACUGGUAUUAUUCUUUGAUUAAGGUUCUUGUAAAUCAAAACGGAUUGGGCUGAUUUCUGAGUCGUGUGCCUAAACGUGUUCCCUUCCACAAAUCUUCGCUUUGUUUCCUUCCUGCUGCCUGAUCCUGAAGGGGGGGAUGGGUGUUUUUUGGUAGCUUGUGACCACCAGCAGGUAGUAGCAUCACUUCAACAGUCUGACACCAAAUGCAUCGAUUAAAAUGAUUCGAGACUGAAGGAAUGCAGUGCCUCAUAAAGCACCUCAGGCUUUUCCACAUUUGGUCAUGUUACAACCACAAACCCUAUGUUCUUUCAAUGGGAUUUUAUAUUAAAGGCCAAACUCAAAGUAGGGUAUUGCUAUGAGGAAUGGAAGAAGAUACAAAUUAAAAUCUGAAAAGCGUAGUUUGCUGUUUUGUUGAAUUUUCUGACCCGGCCACAUGUGGGCAGAUUUUUUUUACCUCCUCCGGCAGUCUUAAGAGAUGGGAUCAUUUGGACCUCACAUGUGUUUUACGAGGUUUUCUUUGUGUGGUUUCUGGAAUUGACGAUCUGAUGGCACAACAGCCCACCUCCCUACGCCUCAUUGCUCUCUGACCGUCACAUUUACCACGCUCCUCAAAGUCCUGACCUUCAUCCAGUUGAACAUCUCUAGCUCCACUUCAGAUUAGAUUUUGAGACACACUCUCCUUCCAACAAGCAGAACCUUUUCAGUUUUUAGAUGUUAAACAUAAAGUAACCGCAAAAGUGAUGAAAGGCCAUCACAGGUUCUGGUUGUAAAGUGACAAAUCGCUAAAAAGCUCAGAGGAUAUCAAUACUUAGACAUUAUUUUAGCUCACCUGCCAGUAGGAGAAAUGCCUUUUUUCCCCCUGUUUUGUUUUGAACUUCACUGGGAGAGAAAAUCUCUUAACUGCCCGUUUGGUGAACCCUGACCCCACAUGUGAGCCCAGUGCAGCGCUGAGAAAGGGUUCCUGAUUCAUUUCAGAGCUUCCUGGCAGCAUCAAGGGAAAUAACUCAGUCCAGUUUUCUAGAUGUUUUAUGUUCUUGAUAUUCCAAUGUAAUACUCAUGCACUAAUGGUAAUUUCUGUAUGUGCUUUUGUCUUGUUUUGUUUUGUUUUGUUUUCCAUACUCACUUUGAUUUACUAUUAUUAGUUAUUGUAGCAUGUGGGUUUCUCUGUCCUCUGUUUGUAUGUUUUUGAACCCCUCCAUCCCUGGCUGGGGUUCCCUCGCUGGGCUGUAACAUAUGCAUACUCUGUACUCUACUUGAAGUCUGUUACUUGUGCUCACCAAUGAACAGAGUGCAGUCUACCGAUUCCUUUAACCUUAAACAGUUUAAACCUCAUGAACCCCCUCCGUCUUCAACGCAUCACGGAACGAGGAGGCGACGUUCUGCCAGAACCUCUGUGGUGUGGACUCUCGCCUUUCGGCCUGGCAGUGGAGAACUAGGACAUGAUGGAAGGAAAAUGGCUGCUUCAGGUACUGCAGCUUGGAUGGAUGUGACUGAAGGCGGUGCUGCUGUGGACUGCAGUCUGGAUGACGGCGGUGAGGAAGUGUGAAGUGGCUGUCCGCUGCGCUGUGGGGUUACUUGUGUCUGAGAAGAUGAUUUCAUCAAAUUCACAACUCAAAUGUAACCAGUAUGUUUACUCUUCAGAUUAACUAAAUAAAGCUAAUUUUUUUUUCUUUUUCA